AUGUGGAAUAAAUCUACUUUAAACGACUUUGUGGCGAUUAUGUAUGAGACUGUAGAACUGAACAAGAAAAUAAUUCAGAUCCGUGACGACUGGAAAUAUGUUGCGAUGGUGAUUGAUCGGCUACUUCUAUUAUUAUUUUUUGGAGUCACAUUGGGUGGAACGCUGGGAAUCAUUUGUUCUGCACCGCAUGUUUUUGAUUUUGUAGAUCAAGAAAAGGUUUAA